ACCAGAUCUAACUGAAAGUAGAUGCGACAGUCCAAAUGAAUGACUGAAUUGUACAGAAGGAUGUUUGAGGGACCUAAGAAGGCUACAUUAGCCUACAUGUGCCUUAUAAAUAUAUAUAAACACAUAAAACCUAUAAAUACGAACCAAACUACAAAUUGGAUAAGGUUAGAGUAGCCUACUAGCUGUUUUCUUCUACGGGUGUUAACAAUUACAUCAUUAAAUUGGCAUUAAUGCUAUGACAUAUCUGAAUAUAGGCAAGUGACUGUUGCAUGUGUGUGCAAAACAGGCAGUUUCUUCCCUACUUUCUCAUGUUGCACUACAAUGCUCCAAACACUUUUGUAAUUGAGUUUUGGCCAUAGUGAAAGCCCAUACUGAAUCAUUACCUAGACCUAGGCCUAGCCAACCACGAGAAAGCAGAGGAGGCGACCACAUAUUUUCUACCAAACUGUGAGAAACUGCUGUGGUUAUAGGUGAAUGCACCAAUUUGUAAGUCGCUCUGGAUAAGAGCGUCUGCUAAAUGACUUAAAUGUGAAUGUAAAUGUAAUAGUGGCCACAAACAAAACAUCUAAUACAACCAACUCAACUCCAGGUAAUGUUAAUUCCAGUUCCACUCUGGGAAAACGUUUCAUUAUAUUGAUAUCGCUGGCAUCUAGGAAAAUUACACACAAUGACAUUGUUACCUGAUUUACUUUCAAUUUAUUUUUUCAAACAUUGUUAUUGUGGUAGGGAAUUCCCUGCUAGGGCAAGUAUAAAAACACUGAGAGAUGAAGCAAGACACACAAAAGAAUUAGGAUAAACCAAGGAUAAACAUUGUUAUUACCAUGAUGCCAAACGCCAAGCUUUGUGAGUAAUCUAUAGCCUAUAUCUCUUUCUCUUCUAACAAAAUGAUUGUUAUAAAGUAGGUAGCCUAUUUAUUAUUUGCUUAAAGUUAGAAUAGGUCAGGUUAUCUGAGAAUAUUUUUUUCCUGCAUGAGAAUAUUGCAAAAUCCUCUAAAAAUUAUUGGCAUAUUAUUGACAACUGUAUUUGUAUAGAAAGUUUCAGUUUUAAGUCUUUGUUCUACGUUGUUCUUGAACCUGUCAGAUUUUGUAACUUGGCUGCUCUUGGUCGCGCUCACUUGUUCUCUCUGGCACGUGAACAUGUCCAGCCCAUUGGUGUCGCGCAACCGCCCGAUAACUGACAACUGUCUUACUACUGCGCAAACACUACUUUGGAACAUCACAGAGGCGCUUGCACAGGAACACCUGUUCAAAGGAAUAAACUGCACGGACCAGGGUAUGGAGUUGAACACGAGAACACAGACGGUGCAAGUGUGUGCGCCAAAAACCAAAAGCACUCAACAGCACUCAACAUGUUCCAGAGUGACAAAUGUAAAGUUUGAUCAGGACAAGUGUCUGAGGAACAUUGAGGAGGAUCUGCGUUGUUAUAGUGACAUGCUACAAGCUAUUGACCCUAAACUGCUUGGACCCAAUGUGCUGCAGAACAUAGGAGAGAUUAAGGAGAACUGCUUCUCCUCGUCUUUGUUGGGAGUCUGGUCCUCUCAGCAGGAUACACAAGGUUGUAGGCCUACUCAAGGUACUGCUAACCAAAAUUCCUUUGAUGAAAGGGUACAUCUGUGUAAAGUGCUGAAGGGGCUCCAGGUUCGCACCGUAACCAUCAACAGAAUCAUUGGAUAUAUUCAUGCUGGGGAACACAAUAUGUAAUUUGGCAUGUCAUCAUGGACCUGGCAGGCGCCUAUGCGGUUUGAGACUAUUCCUCAUCACCAUCAUCGUCAUCAUCGCCAUUCUCUCAAGGGAAAAAUAAUCCAGUUUUCAUGACCAUAACAAAGUUGCCUUGUCCUGUGGACAAGUGUUCUUUAAUAUUAUCAUCAAAUAACAGUCUGAUAAAGCUAUUGAGGAUUUACAAUUUACAGGAGUCAAGUAUUUAUGACUUAAUAUAUAAGUAUUUAAUCUAAGUAUUUAUUUGUUGAUUUUUUUAACUUGAAAAGCUAAAUAAUAUUAAAUGUGAUAUUUAUUAUCAACCUAAUGGGUUGUAUUAUUUAUUUGCCUAAUUUAUGAUUUAAAAAUAUUUAUUUUAUACAUAUCAAUAUAACUUAUUUCAAUGUUUACACAGUUUUUGU